CCAUGCAAAAAGUGAAUAAAUUACAUUACAUGCGAAUGCAGAGUAGUAAGUUUAAAAGGGGAAGACGUUGCUAAACGUUGAGGGUUUUCGGUGACAAAAAGGACGAAGGCUCUUUCUUUUAUAAAGCGUUGUUUCGAAGAGAUACAAUUUUUUCUUUUCCUGUCUGCCGCUGCUGCUUUCUGCCUUUUAUUUUCGCCGAGAGAAGCGAAAGACAAAAACUUAAGAAACUAAACGACAUCGUUCAUUCUCAGAUCUGAGAGAGAACGAAGCGAGACUGUUUGGAUAGAGAGGUACCCGGACAGAGGAUGAGCGGGAAAGGAGGCGGUGGAGGUGGAAAUAAUGGGAUAGUGAAGGGUAAUAGUGGAAUUUCAAGUAUUCCGGCUGGGUCUCGGAAGAUGGUCCAGAGCUUGAAGGAGAUUGUGAACUGCCCUGAACCCGAGAUCUAUGCUAUGCUUAAAGAGUGUAACAUGGACCCUAACGAGGCCGUCAAUCGCCUCCUCUCUCAAGAUCCUUUUCACGAGGUGAAGAGUAAACGAGACAAGAAAAAGGAGAGCAAGGAUACAGUCGAAUCGAGGUCUCGUGGUGCCAAUAACCUUGAGAGUCGUGGUGGUAGGAGUGGUUCAGACCGAUAUAUUGGGAGUGGUGGCUCAUCCCCUUACAGCUCUAAUGAGACUGGUCCUUCUCAUGGUAAACCUGCACAGAAGAGAGAAAAUGGAAUUCAUGCUUAUGCAGCCUCUUCAUCUUCUGCAUCUGGUAUGGUAGGACAUAACGUGAAUCAGCGACCUCCAUCCCACAGUGAAGUUGUGGUGACAGAACAUAAAAUGUCUGCUGUAGGUUUAGGUGAUGGGAUUUCUUCAACAUCACAGCCUUCUGGAUACCAGUCUGCUUGGUUGGGGGUUCCAGGUCAAGUAUCAAUGGCUGAUAUUGUGAAGAUGGGCAGGCCACAAAACAAGGCUUCUGCCAUGCCAAACCGACCUCAUCAAAGCAGUAAUAAUCGGCAUCUCGUGGUACCUCCUUUGUCAGUAUUACAUCACAAUUUACAGGAUCAUACUUCCAAGGUCUCAGAUGUUACUUAUGAGCCUGAUGUCACCACAAACCAGCAUGUUUCUCCAAGUGGUGAAUGGCCCCUCAUUGAGAAUCCAUCUGCUGCUAGUGUGACAUCUGUCUUUGAGGCAGUUAUGGAAUCUGGAUUUUAUGGGAAUGUAUCUAACUUGCCUUUGGAUAGAAGUUGUCAACACAUAAAAUCCGAGUUAGAGGAAGCUCAGGCAGUGGAUGAUGGUCCUGUUGAAACUAUCAAUGGUAACCUACAAGAGGAUGAUUCUGGAGGUUCAUCUCUUUACGAUAAUAACUUAUAUAAAGAUAUGAAUUCCUAUCAGCCUCAAAGGCAAGCUUUUGAGCAUGAUGAAGCUGAAGAUGGUUCUUCAUCAGUUGCUGUGAAUUUGCAGCAACUUAAUUUACAUAAUGAUAAUCAGGAGCCCCUACCUGAAGAGGAUAAUCCUUCUGUAAUAAUUCCAAAUCACCUACAAGUCCACACCUUGGACUGUUCACAUUUGAGUUUUGGAAAUUUUGGACCUGGCAUUGGUUCUGCCUUUUCGGGGCCAUUUGCAUCGAGGCUCUCUAAGAAUAAUUUGGACGAGGUUCCUGAAGCAGCAGAUGACUCAUCUAUAGGGCACUCGGAGAACAGGCAUUUGUUCCUUUCAAAUGUUGUAAAAAUUUUUUCUCCCAGAAAUCUGGAUUAUUAUGGUGAUGAACAUCUCAGAAAUAACAUGGAGGGAAAUAUAAUGAAUAUAAGUAAUGUUCACACUGGGAAUUAUGAAGCUUCUGAAGAUUCUCAAUCAGAGGUUUUGAAACAGGAUGCUUCUGAAGCUGCCGAAGGGAGCCAAUAUAUGUUUCCUUCAUCUGCAUCUGGUUAUAACUAUGAAAACUCUCAACAGUUAAAUCCUGUUUUCACUCAUAUGCAGACAAGCUCUCAAAUGCAAAAUCUCACAUCUUUCUCAAAUGUAAUGCAAGCAUAUACAAAUUCAUUACCAGGCACUUUGCUGACAUCAACUGUUCAGACUGCAAGGAAGCCAGAUCUUUCAUAUUCACCUUUUCCUGUGACUCAGUCCAUGCCAACAAAAUACAGCAUUGCAACCUCUUCCAUUAGUGGGACAACCAUUUCUAUGCCAGAGGCUCUUAGAGCAGCUAGUAUUUCUGCACCGCAGCCUACUCCACAGACCCUGCCUGGUGCCAUUGUUGCGACAGGACCCGCUCUUCCGCAGCAUUUAGCAAUGCACCCUUUUCCCCAACCUACGCUUCCAAUGGGAACCUUUGCCAACAUGAUUAGUUAUCCUUUCUUACCUCAGAGUUACACAUAUAUGCCACCAGCUUUCCAGCAAGCAUUUGCUGGUAGUAGUAAUUACCCUCAGUCCCUGGCAGCUGUGCUCCCCCAAUACAAAAAUAGUGUUUCUGUUAGCAGCUUGCCUCAAUCUUCUGCAAUCCCUUCUGGCUAUGGGUUUGGGAGUUCUACCAGCAUCCCUGGGGGACUUCCUCUGAAUCCACCUACUGCACCUGCAAGCACAAAUAUUGGCUAUGAUGAUGUCCUGAGUUCUCAGUACAAGGACAGCAAUCGUUUGAUGUCACUUCAACAGAAUGAGAAUUCAGCCAUGUGGAUUCACGGCCCUGGCUCAAGAACAAUGUCUGCUGUUCCUGCAAUCACAUAUUACAGCUUCCAGGGGCAGAACCAGCAGGCUGGCGGAUUUCGACAAGGGCAACAACCAUCGCAGCAUUUUGGGGCUCUUGGAUACCCGAAUUUCUACCAUUCACAAACGGGAGUAUCGCUGGACCAUCAGCAGCAAAACCCUAGGGAUGGAUCCCUAAGUGGGUCUCAGGGCCAGCCAUCAAAGCAGACCCAACAGUUAUGGCAAAACAAUUACUAAUCUUCUCAGUCACCUCCUGGUUUUUCAGGGUCUUGUAGUUAGUUCGAAAGUGGCCAAUCGAAUGCAUUCUUGCGAUUGAAUAAUUAUAUGUAUGAUUGAUGGGUCUGAAGAGACCUUGACUGGCUACUGCCCUGUGCCUCGAGGUUGUAUUCUACUUAUUUAUUGUCUGGUUAUGUUAACUUAGGAACAUAACACAGUGUUCUAAUUUGGAUAGUGGACUUUGCCCUUCACUUUUUCUUCCUCAUUGUUUUCGUGUUACC